ACUCUGGAUGAGUUGGUAUUGGUAAUGAAUAGAAUCCCUCAUCCUCAAGACCUCAAGGGAGACUUGACUGAUUGAAACUUGAAGAUUAGUUUAACUGGGACAGAGUAAAAGUAUCCAGAUUGUUAAUAAUUUGUCUUCCAUUACAAAAAUUUAAAUAUAAUAAAAAUGACACGAAUUCUUGUUGGUGUAAAAAGAGUAAUUGAUUAUGCAGUGAAGAUUCGUGUGAAACCAGAUAAGACGGGAGUAAUAACCGAUGGGGUUAAGCACUCAAUGAACCCGUUCGAUGAGAUAGCAAUUGAGGAAGCUGUUAGGAUGAAGGAAAAAAAACUGGCCCAAGAAGUGAUAGCUGUCAGCUGUGGACCUGCUCAAGCACAGGAAACUCUGAGGACUGCUCUGGCCAUGGGCGCUGACAGAGCAAUCCACGUCGAGGUCUCGGGUCCAGAGUACGAAGCUCUCCAGCCUCUUCAUGUCUCAAAGAUACUCGCCAAGUUGGCGCUAGAUGAGAAGGCAGAUCUUGUUAUUGUUGGUAAGCAAGCCAUUGAUGAUGACUGCAACCAGACUGCCCAGAUGACUGCUGGUAUUUUGGACUGGCCUGCGGGCACAUUCUGCAGCAAAAUCGAACAUGGACAAGGUGAGCUGACUAUCACUAGAGAAGUUGAUGGAGGUCUAGAGACUGUUAAAGUCAAGACACCGGCUGUCCUUAGCGCAGAUUUACGUCUGAAUGAACCUCGCUAUGCUACUCUGCCGAAUAUCAUGAAAGCCAAGAAGAAGCCGAUCAAAAAAGUCACUCCAAAAGAUUUGCAAGUUGACACUGCGGCGAGAAUUGACGUCGUAUCGGUUGAAGAUCCACCAGUCAGACAAGCCGGGUCCAUCCUACCCGACACUGAUGCUCUUGUUGCAAAACUCAAAGAAGCUGGUCAUAUUUAAGUACUGAAAAUAAUAAAGUACAACCUGGUUAUAAGAUACUGUUAGAGGCUACAGGAGGAAAAUUUAUUGGAUAUGGCUUUUUUCUACUACUAUCUUUUAUUCGGCGAUCGCUCGGUUUUCUGCACGUGUGCGUUGUGUUUGGAUUUGUGCCCGCAGUCCUUUUAUAAGUUAAUUGACGUGUGUAAUUUAUCAACGUACACUUGACGACAUUAAUUAAAACACGACCUGGUACAAAUUAAUGUCGUCGAGCUUACAUACUUGAUUAACUUAUAAAAGGACUGCAGGAAAACAGUCUCCUUCGCGACAACCGAAAAACUUCGUUAGUACGCAGAAAAAAAAAAUUCUCGAGUGAAAGUAAAUAUUCUCCCUGAUAGCCAGAGUUUCUGAUCAAAAAGUUGGUGAAACUUGACGACAACUUUCAGCUUGUGUAACUGUUGACUACAAGUUGGCCACAAGUUGCUCAGAAACUUGGCGAGAAUCUACUGCCGCAACCUGUCGCCAAGUUUCUGAGCAACUUGUAGACAACUUGUAGUCAACAGUAACAUGAACUGAAAGUUGUCGACAAGUUUCUCGGAAAGUUGCAUUCAACUUAUGGAAGUGCCAACUUUUGGGGCCAACUUGGCUAUCAGGGCUUGACUAAAGAAAAUUUUUUUAAAAAUCUCAAUUUCUUCGGAUAGAGUAGAAAUCUCUUACCAAGACAAAUUCUUUUGAUUCAACAAAAUCUUGUCUUGGUUCCCGAAAACGUUUGUCUUCCAAAAUAUUUUUUUGACUCAAAAAUUUUUUUCUGUCUGGAACUAGAGUAAAGAUACUACUUCGAGACCAGGGAAAAAAAUAGAGAAUUAACUUAUGACCAGGUUGUAUUGUAUAACCAAAUUUAUAUAAAUCGUUGGACUGUUAAAAGUUUUAAAAUUAAAAUUUGAAAUUUUAUUUUUUUAUUGGGUCGUACAACAAAUUUUGUAGAUUAAUUAAAAUUUAAUACAUUUAUAAUGUGAUUUUUGAUAAACUUAUUCUAUUAUUGUUAUCAAUAUUAAUAUUCAUGCAGAAUAUACAUAUAUUAUAUAUUAAAA